AGGCCUUGGCUAGUUCAUAAACGAAUGUAACACAAUUUGCUCGUGGUUUUCGCCGGCUAAGAUGUCCUUCUGAUUUGGUCCGAAUUAUCUUUAAUUGACAACAUUAGUGUCCAUUAAGAUGGCUUCAAAAUUCUACAACUAUAUAAAAUUAGUACAAACUGCAACACCAUAUGCUAAGCGGAUCGAACAACUAAGCUCAAGAAUAUUUGGUGAAGUGGCUAGACCAACAUCUGCAAAAUCGUUGAAGGUUGUUGAUAUGUUUAGUUCUCAACCCACUGAACAACGACCAGACAUAAAGAACUACUACCCCCGCCAUGUUGAGAUCCAUGUUUUGAUGAGAAAUCUACGGAAUUAUGGUUUAUUCAGAGAUGAGCAUCAGGACUUCAAAGAAGAAAUCACACGUCUUCGUGAAUUGCGAGGUAAAGGAAAACCCAAGAAAGGUGAAGGCAAACGAUCCAAGAAGUGAUCGACGUGUAAAGGGUUCGUAGGCCAACCUUCUUUAGUCAUAGGUUUUGUAAAAUAAACAGUUAAAACAUG